AGGCACAUGGAAAUAGAAAAAAAUACAAAUCGAUUAGGUAAACUGCUGUAACUGGGGAAAUUGCUAUCCAAGGGCGCAUGUCAUUUUUCCAACACCCCGACUUUUCCACUUCCCUUGUCUCGGUAGGCUAUCUAAAUAUCCUCCUGUUUGUUUCGACCUGUCAAAUCAUUCUGCUGUAGGCGACUUGUUUGCUUGGCAAAAAGCCCGUUCUUAUUCAUGGAAUAUAACAGAAAUAGAAGUUGAAAUUUAUGGAACCGGGAGGUGACUAUCGUGAGGAGCUCGUGGCCCGAGAAAGAAGCGGUCACACAGCCGUUGUAGAGGGCAAUUUUCUCUACGUUUGGGGGGGAUACGUGUCAAUUGCUGAACAUGAAAUCUUCCUUCCAAAUGAUGAAAUCUGGUUGUAUGACUUGGACAGUGGUGUUUGGGAAAUUGCCUCCAUGGCGGGAGAUAUCCCACCAUCCAUGUCAGGCAUGUGUGGAUGCUCACUCAGUGGGGAAAUGUUCAUAUUUGGGGGUUGCUGUGAUGAUGGCCAGACAAAUGAGCUUUACUCUGUAAACCUCUUGGAUAGAAAAUACACUUGGAAGAAGAGGAAACAUGAAUCUGGUUCAGUGCCUUCUCCCAGAGAUAAACUGUCCUGUUGGGUUCAUCAAGACAGGGUCAUCUUCUUCGGUGGUUAUGGUCACAAGGUCCUGAGUGAGCUCAACGGCUCCAGAAACUUUAUCAUAGAUGAGGCUUCAUGGAUGGAGGAUGUAUUUUGGGGAUGGAAUAAUGAAGUUCAUGUGUUUGAUCCACGAACAAACAACUGGAGUCAACCACGCACUUUUGGUCAUCUACCUGCCCCAAGAGCAGCACAUGCGAGUGCUAUUCUGGGAAGGAAAGGGUACAUUUGUGGAGGCAGAGUCAUGGAGACCCGAACAAGUGACAUCCACUGCCUAGAUCUGGAGUCUUGGACUUGGUCUGAAAUUACACCUAUCUCUGCUCUUCCUGUGGGUCGCUCAUGGCAUACCCUCACAGCCGUGUCAGACAAAUCACUGUUCCUCUUUGGGGGACUGAGUGUUGAGUGCAAACCUAUGAGUGAUGGCUGGGUGUUUGACGUUGAGACAAAAAAAUGGAAGGAGCUGGAUCACCCAUACAAGGAUAAGCCAAGGUUGUGGCACACUGCAUGCGUAGGCAGGGACUCUGACGUCAUUGUAUUUGGAGGAAGUCGAGACUACAUCCUUCUUGUGGACACUGGCCAUUGCAAUGAUGCACUCAUCUUCCAAACCCAACCGUAUCCCCUUCACAGGUUAUGUGAAGACUUCAUUGCCAAAAACUCUACAGUGUUUCAGAAAGAACUUCCAUGUUUACCAACAAAACUAAAGGGAGCGGUGAAAAAAAGGACUGCUUUUUUUAGACCAGCAGUAUUGUAGGCUACCAGUUCAGAUAUGAGCCAUAUAGCCUACCAUGGCCCCAAUGAGCCACCGUCCAGCUAUUGCAGAACAUUUCUGUCACAAUAAUCAAGAGAUACAAAGCUCUUUUUUGUUGUGCAGCACUAAAGCCUAAGCCUACCCUUUAGAAGAUGGAGCAUAUGCACAUUCAAGCUUGUAAAUGUACAUGUACAAUGAGUUUUGUAUUGUUUCAACAUUUUAAAAUGUUUACAAUUUAUUUUAUACAUUAUAAUUUUGGCUGAAUUAUAAAGUGCUUACUAGCCAUUUCAGGAAGGUAUCGAUCUUUUGUUUCAUAACAUGUUAAAAUGACAUUGAUGGGAAUAAAUAAGUUAUAUUUUCAUGGAACAUUUUAAUGUUA